AUGACGCACAACAACGGUUCUUCUAGUAGUAGUGGAAGUGCUUCUUCGACGACUAAAGACACAAAACCUUCGGAAGAAAGGCUUAUGGUGGCCGUCCGAAUUCGUCCUCAAUCUGAAGAAGAAAAAAAUUAUGCAAGAUGUGUCCAUGCAAUCAGUGCAAAUACAAUUGCUUUGGAAGAGAACCAAAAUGUAAAUUCAAAUAUUGGUGAAAGAGGCGGAGGAAGCUCUAAUUUAGCAAAUAUUGAUAGAGUUCGAAGUGCCCGGAGAUACCGAUACGACUAUGUAUUUGCCGAAGACGCUACUCAGGAGCAAGUAUAUAAUUUGACGACAAAACCUCUAGUCCAAGAUGUUCUGAGCGGUUUUAAUGGAACCGUUUUUGCAUAUGGGGCAACCGGCUCUGGAAAAACACACAGUAUGACGGGGCCACAUUCUGAUGACAGGUGA